AUGCCAACCAUCAAAGCUGGCAACCGCGUCUUCCAUGUCACCGACAUCGACCGCGAGGAAUGUUCGCGCAUCGUGCCGUUGCGGGUGCUUUCCUUGGGCUUGACGCGAACGGGAUCUGAGUCGAUGAUGGAUGCACUUCGCAUCCUUGGCUACUACGAGGCAUACCACGGGUACCAAGCUAUGAUAUCAAACCCGCGCGACUGCGAGAUGUGGCAGAAGGCCCUACGGGCGAAGUAUGAUGGACUGGGAGAGCGCUUUGGGCGGGAGGAGUGGGAUCGGCUGCUGGGGCAUUGUCAGGCCGUCUCCGAUCUCCCGGCCAUUUGUUUUGCAGAAGACCUCAUCGAAGCGUACCCCGAUGCAAAAGUCAUCGUGACUGUCCGAGAUGUCGAUGAGUGGUAUGAAUCAAUGAUGACCCUCGUCACUUCAAUCGACACUCCCAUCAACACAUACAUAUUUGUCCCCCUCGUCAUCACACUCAACACCAUUUUCCGUUCCCGCUUCCGCCUCGUGCCCGAGACCUUCUUCAAAGCAGGGGAAUGUUUCUAUGGACCUGAUAUCCGCAAUGAUGCCCGGGAGACUUACCGUAACCACGUGGCCAAGAUCCAGGCUCUGGUGCCCAAGGAUCGGCUGUUGCUGUACCAUGUGACGGAAGGGUGGGAACCAUUGUGCAAGUUCUUGGGUCAGCCGGUUCCCGAGGUGCCGAUGCCGAGAAGUAAUACGAAGGCGGAUAUGCUGGCGCGGCACGAGGCGUGUAUGCAGUUGAAUUUGAGGGAGUGUAUGUGGAAAGCUGUUAAAGGGACUGUGGUGGUGGGAGCGGCAUUGGUCAUCUUCUCGAGAUCGAGUGGCUUGCAAUGGAAAUGGGAUUAG